AUUUCCAUCACAGAUCAAGUCUGGUAGCUGAAACAAACACUAUUGAAAUUCAUCGAGAUAACCCAGAUGAAAUACUGGGACUACGUAUUGUGGGAGGAAAGGACACCCCUCUGGGAAACAUAGUUAUUCAGGAAGUUCUUAAGAAUUUUCUUGCUGCUCGUGAUGGAAGACUUGCUCCAGGUGAUCAUAUACUGGAGGUCAAUCAUAGCAAUGUGACCAACGUGCUACACAGCCACGCCAUUGAACUGCUUCGCCGGCCUUGUGCAGAACUGCAUCUCGUGGUGAUGCAAGAAAAAGGAUUUUCCAACCGCAUCACUCCAUCUGACCAGGGAAGAGUAAUUCAAGUCACCCUGCUCAAACGGGAUCGUUCUGAGCCCCUGGGGAUCAAGUUGAUCCGGAAGCCGGAUGAGUGUGGGAUUUUUGUCCUUGAUCUGCUGCCAGGGGGCUUGGCUGCUAAAGAUGGAAAACUUCAGAAUAAUGAUAAGGUGCUGGCCAUUAAUGGUCAAGAUCUAAGACAUGGGACCCCAGAGACUGCUGCACAGAUUAUUCAGUCCAGUGAAGCCAGAGUGAACUUUGUAGUGAUGAGACAAGAGGAUUCAUCUUUGAGAGAGGAGAGGAAAGACGGAAGUCAGAAUGGUGACCAGUCUAGCCGCAUCAACAGGAGAGAUGAGAUAACACACUACCACCGUCACCCUGCUUUGCAAAAGGAUCUACCAGGUUUCUCCUACAGUCAGCCAAAGGUGGUCAGUCUGAAAAAAGACCCUCGUAUGUCACUUGGAAUAACUAUAUCAGGGGGCCGUGAUGGCAAAAACCACCUUCCUAUAUACAUAACAAGCAUCCAGCCAGUAGGUUGUCUGUAUCGGGAUGGAAGGAUCAAACCAGGGAAUAUUCUGCUAAGUGUUAAUGGAGUGGAUCUUACACAAAUGACCUACAGUGAAGCAGUCUCUGCUCUCAAAGCCAAUGCUGCUCACUCUAACGUUCAGUUAAAGGUGUUGGGAACCUUGUCUGAGAAACCAGAGGGGGAGUUUGCUGAUGACCUAGGUGAAGGUGGAAGGGAGGUUGAAAGUUCCUUUUCACCCUUGUGGUCCAUGUGGCUUAACUUGCCCAGUGCUCUUCACUGGUGCCACGAUAUUGCCUUGCACAAGACCAACAACGAGAGCUGGGGCUUCAGUAUCGUUGGAGGCUUACAGGAAAGUCAAGGUCAGCAACCCUUCUUUAUCAAGACCAUUGUUCCUGGAACUCCAGCUCAUUAUGAUGGCCACCUCAAGUGCGGCGACGAGAUUGUGGCAGUGAACGGCGUGAGCACUGCUGACAUGAACAAUUCGUCUCUCAUUCCUAUGCUGAAGUUACAGAAGAACAAAGUCACUUUGACGGUGGUUUCCUGGCCUGGAAGCCUGGUUUAGCGGCCUGCACACUUUUGCUGUACACUUUGCCUUACAAUGCUGUCGCAUUUUGAAAAGCAAAAGCAGCAGCUGCCCACCCGUCUGUUUUGUUUUGGACUGACUUCACAGUUGCACAUCAGGAUCCCUUAGCCAGAAGAGUUUUAUGCCACCUUUCUGUAGUGGACUGGGAUGAUUUUGUCCUGUUCUUAACUAUAAAUUAAUGAAAAAAAAAAAAUAAUAGGAAGGUAAGCCCCAGUGACCCCACUGCCUUAAAUUAUUCCUUUCACAAUUUCCACUGUAGCCUGCUUGACAUUUUUUUUCCAGCUUUGUUUUUUCUGCUGAGUCUGUACCUUUUCAUGCUCUGCUUGUCUCUACUUAACACCACUAAAGUGCCCUUUGGAUUGCAGACGGCUACUAUUGACAAACAGCGGAUCAGGUACACGACUUGACGGUAGUGUAAAUUUUAUAUUUGAAAUGACGAUUAAAAACUUGAAGGCCAAAAUGCAUUUGUAACUUUGGAUGUAAUGCCACUUUGUGACUGGUGACAUUUGGUGACACUUGAUAAUCAGGCCUGUUAAGCUUUGCACGCUUGUGGAUGACAUGCGAGGCUUUAACUUUGACCCCACAGGACAGGCUGAAGCAGUUUAAGAUGAUGCACUGAAUGUGUAACUGUGUCCAGACACAGCAUUUAAUCUGACACUUUCCCUACAGAUAAGGGUCUCCUGUAGCCGCACGUGCAGCCUCUUCAUAAGUUGGGAAUCUGAACUUGGUACUGUCUGCUGUUUGCAUGUAUCGGGGAAAACGCUGCCGAAAUGUGCUCCUUGUCUCACUGUUUCUAACUUUCUUGGCCUUGUCAGAAGAAGUCUUUUACGUUUUUAUUGUAUUUAUAGCCAAGGUAACUUAUUGAUCAUAAACUCCAAGUAACAGCCAGAUUUCAGUCCAUGUUGAGCAUUUUGCUUGAUUAACAACUUGAUAAUGCAGCUUAUUGCUAGCGCCUUUUAACUAAAAUUAUUUGACAUUGCUUGAAUUUAAAUCUUAAGAAAUGUGUUAAACUCAGUUUUAAUGACUUCAAAUCAGUAGGCUUUAGGUUUUUUGUUAUUUGUUUUUUACUAAUUUGUUCAUAGAUAAAAAUGUAGUUUGCCUGUCAUUAGACAAACUUGUAAGAAUUAUGUUUAAAAGCAAAACCCAGUGUUUGCUGUUGGUAAUAAUAAGCAAACAGUGUUGAGGUUGGAAGUGAACGCCCGGCCGCGGCGCUCCAUCAGCAGAGAGCCCGAGACGACUGGUGAAAGUCACACUUCUGAGAAGCUGGCCAUGAAAAUGGGGGCUUGUCAUUAUAACAUUGGAGAAAAUAAUGUGUCUAAAAAAGUAUGCAUAAAAACAACCUUAUUUGUUUUACUAGACAGGUUUUACAUGAAGGGUCGUAUUAGCUAAUAAGGUCUUUUCCAUAUGUUGCUGGUCUUUUAAGCUAUAAAAAUAAAAGGAAAUUUUAAAACCUU